AUGGCGUUGCUGAAGUCCUUCGUUGAUGUUGGCCCAGAUUCACACUUCCCUAUCCAGAACCUCCCUUAUGGUGUCUUCAAGCCGGAAUCGAACUCGACGCCACGUCCUGGCGUCGCUAUCGGCGAUUCCGUGCUGGACCUCUCAGCCAUCUCCGAAGCUGGGCUUUUCGAUGGUCCGAUCCUCAAGAACGCCGAUUGCUUCCUUCAGCCUAAUCUGAAUAAGUUGUUGGCAAUGGGACGGCCUGCAUGGAAGGAAGCGCGUGCUACGCUUCAGAGACUCUUGUCAUCUAGUGAACCUACUCUACGAGACAAUGAUGUUUUGAGAAAAAAGGCGUUCUAUGAUAUGAGUAAAGUGGAAAUGGUGGUUCCUAUGGUGAUUGGGGACUAUACAGACUUCUUUGCAUCAAUGCAUCACGCCAAGAACUGCGGGAUUAUCUUCCGUGGGCCUCAGACUCCGAUGAAUCCCAAUUGGUUCCGUCUUCCCAUUGCAUAUCAUGGACGUGCAUCAUCUAUUGUCAUUUCAGGGACAGACAUUAUUCGACCAAGAGGUCAGGGCCACCCACAAGGAGACUCUGCACCAUAUUUUGGACCUACGCAGAAACUUGAUUUUGAGCUUGAAAUGGCUGCUGUGGUUGGUCCAGGAAAUGAAUUGGGAAAGCCUAUUGACGUGAAUAAUGCAGCUGAUCAUAUAUUUGGUCUUGUGCUGUUGAAUGACUGGAGUGCUAGGGAUAUUCAGGCGUGGGAGUACGUGCCUCUUGGACCUUUCCUUGGAAAGAGUUUUGGAACUACGGUAUCUCCUUGGAUUGUUACCUUAGAUGCACUUGAACCUUUUGGUUGUCAAGCUCCCAAGCAGGAUCCACCUCCAUUGCCAUAUCUGGCUGAGAAAGUGUCUGUUAAUUACGACAUCUCCUUGGAGGUUCAACUUAAACCUUCUGGCAAAGAUGAUUCUUGUGUGAUAACAAAGAGCAACUUCCAACACCUAUAUUGGACCAUAACGCAGCAGCUAGCACACCAUACCGUUAACGGUUGUAACUUGAGGCCUGGUGAUCUCCUUGGAACCGGAACCAUAAGCGGACCGGAGCCAGAUUCAUAUGGGUGCCUACUUGAGCUAACUUGGAAUGGACAGAAGCCUUUAUCAGUGAACGGAACAACUCAGACGUUUCUUCAAGACGGAGACCAAGUGACCUUCUCAGGUUUAUGCAAGGGAGAUGGUUACAAUGUCGGGUUUGGAACAUGCACAGGGAAAAUUGUACCUUCACUCCCUUGA